CCUAGUAUCUGAGCCGAAGCUAGUAGCUACACAAAUCAAACUAAACCAGCCUCACCCAGUGAAGACCGGAGAGAUGGAGACCCAGAGAGAAAGCCGUUCGCGGUCGGAAACCAGCUAUUAUGAAAAAAAGCUCGUCCGAUAAAUAAGACUCAUAUCGACGGAUAAGGAUUUUAUUUCACCCAAGCGGAACAGAUAUGCGAACCUCAUUACCGUUGGGGUUGUGCGAGUUGUCUCUGAGCAACAAAGGGAAGGGCGGCUGUCAGUAAACAUGAGGGCUGUGUCGGCGAACUUACUUGCACUGCUUUUUCUCUGCACUUGUGCCUGUGUAUUCUACGUCUGGAGCAGGCUGGAGAGUCGGCUGGAGAGAUACAAACGGGGGCUACAGUUACCGAGGUCCUUUCACGUUGGGCCAUCACCGGACAUCUCCGCUAAAACUUUCCGUGCUCUGCUCGCUGUUCCAGUGGCACAGAGACUGCACUUGGGGGGCAGACUCGAUGUCCGCAACGUUACUGGUGUUAGGGAUCAAAUUGGCUCUUUAGGAAGCAGAGAUUACCAUAUGAAUGUAGAUAACAAGGGGUCAGUACAGAGGGAGGUCCCGGACAAAUUUGGCUCGCUCGUUGAGGGUAUUUUUUGGAGUGAAUGGCUGGAGGCUCAGCUUCCCGCCAGCUUCAGUGAGGAUCAUGCCCGGGCUUGGAGAGAGAGAGCCCGGGGACGCCGCAUAGUCAGACUGGAGCCGGGCUGUGGUAGAAUAUCCAAUCAGCUGGCCACUUUUUCGGACGGAGCCAAAGCUUGCGUGCGUUAUGGAAUAAACGCGGACCAGGUGCAGGGGGAAACGCUGACUUAUUACCUGGCUAAUUUGCUAGGUAUUACAAAUCUACCGCCUCUCAUCCUUGCCCAGUUGAACGUUGACAGUGAACAAUGGGCUUCUGUUAGGAGAAGAAUUGGCGGUUUACAGUGGAGUGAGCGGGCGGUUGUUUCACUCACCGAGUGGGUCGCCAACCUGACCGGGGUAGUCACACCUGCUCCGCUGCGCCAGGAGAGCAAGGGGCUGCGUCCUCUGCAAGGGGAGCUGGGGAACAAAACGACUGCGGAGUUGCUCGAGCUAAUGCAGUGGACCGACCUGAUAAUAUUGGACUACCUGUCUGCUAACUUCGACAGGCUCGUUAGCAACCUAUUUAGCCUGCAGUGGGACUCGCGCGUGAUGGAGAGGGAGACCAACAACCUGCUCAGAACGCCCCGCGGUGACCUGGUAUUCAUAGACAACGAGGCAGGGCUUGUACAUGGAUACCGGGUGCUUGAUAUGUGGGAGAAGUACCACAGCACGGUCUUGGGCUCCGUGUCUGUGUUCAGAAAGAGGACAGCGCAGCGAGUGAUAGAACUGCACCGGCGCAGGGACACCAGGACUCGGCUUCUCGAGCUGUACAGAGACAGCGAACCUUUGUCUCCGGAAUUAGGUUUUCUCUCCUAUGAACACGCGGAUGUACUACAGAACCGAAUAGACAGAUUAUACAAACACAUAUCGCAUUGCAAGGAGAAAUACCACCAGCUGUGAGCGUGUUUCUGAUUCCUCUCAUAUAUAUGGUUCUGUGUUACGCACCUGCCACACAGAAUGACGUGUGCUGCUAAUCAGUAACCCAGCCCAGUAACCACACACCUGUACCAGAUUAACGUGCAUCAGUUGAAAUGUUUUUGAAUAUUUUAAUGAACUACCUCUUGUGUGAACCAAUGUUUUGCCUACUUUAUUUGUCAGGAUAAAAUAUUGAUGUUGUUUUUGGGCUUCUUGCAGGAUAUGCCAUAAUUUAUUUUCACCCAGCCUCAAAAGAUAACUGCAAUAGAAUAACACAAUGAGAGCACAGGAGGUUGGUGGCACCUUAAUUGGGGAGGACUGGCUCAUGGCAAAGGCUGGAGCAGAAUAGGUGGAAUUGUAUAAAAUACAUCGAACACAUGGUUUGAUUCCAUUCCAUUUGCUCCGUUCCAGACAUUAUUAUGAGACAUCCUCCCCUCAGCAGCCUCUACUGGAUGAGAGCCAAUGCAUCUUUGUACCUAUUUAGGUUUAAUGGUCAGCCUUCAAUUGUUCCAUUUUGAUACACAGUUGUGUUUAUUAAUAGGAAUCAACUAUUGUGGUGUCAGGGUGCAUUGUCUUUAAUAUGUACAAUAAGAAACUGACUGCUUGAUCAUGAGAACCAAGCCUUAAUAGAUUACUCCUAAAUAGUUUAGUAUUUGUUGACACAUGAAUUUGUGAUGUACAAUUUGUCACCUGUCUCAUCCUUUUAUAGAAGCUCUAGCCUACUGUACAAUCAACUUUCAAAGCAAACACUUGUUGUCGUAUAUUUGGUUGUCUUAUGAUUGUAUCUAUAGUCUUAAUUUCAUGACCCAGUCAUAUUUGUUGUACAUGCUGUAAGUAUGUGAAUACUGUAUCUGUUAACCAGUUUUUGACAUUCACAAUUGCAAUCUAAUUCACUAAUUCAAUGUGCAUUGUAACAUUCCAAUCUUCCUGUCUUUUUGUUAAAUAUAUUGUAAUUUAAGUUGUCAGA